UUAUAUCGCAUUAUCUAUGCUACCUCGCAAUCGCAAGUCUUACGUGAGUCGAAUCGGUUUUUUGUGUCUUAUAAGAACAAGUUUAAAAUACAAGUAAAUACACUAAGGUUUAUACAAGAAAUGGCAGCACAACUCUUCAACCGUAUUGGCCAAGUUGGACUGGGAAUGGCUCUUGUUGGCGGAGUCGUAAAUUCAGCUUUAUACAAUGUGGAUGGAGGUCAUCGGGCAGUAAUAUUUGAUAGAUUUGCUGGAGUCAAAAAUUUAGUUGUAGGUGAAGGUACUCACUUCUUCAUUCCUUGGGUACAAAAGCCUAUCAUAUUUGAUAUCAGAUCCAGACCCAGAAAUGUUCCUACAAUCACUGGAAGUAAAGAUCUUCAAAAUGUAAACAUCACACUCCGUAUCUUGUUCAGACCUGUGCCUGAUCAGUUACCGAGAAUUUACACUAUCCUUGGUAUCGACUAUGAUGAGAGAGUAUUGCCAUCCAUUACGUCUGAAGUUUUAAAAGCAGUGGUUGCACAGUUUGAUGCUGGAGAAUUGAUCACACAGAGAGAAAUUGUGUCACAAAAGGUUAACGAGAGUUUAACAGAGAGGGCGGGGCAAUUUGGCUUAAUUUUAGAUGAUAUCUCAAUCACACACUUGACCUUUGGAAAGGAAUUCACCCAAGCUGUCGAGUUGAAGCAAGUUGCGCAACAAGAAGCAGAAAAAGCCAGAUUUCUGGUAGAAAAAGCGGAACAACAGAAGAAAGCCGCCAUUAUUUCAGCAGAGGGUGAUGCUCAAGCCGCUGUCCUUUUAGCCAAAUCAUUCGGCACAGCUGGUGAAGGUCUAGUUGAACUUAGACGUAUUGAAGCAGCAGAAGAUAUUGCCUACCAACUUUCUAAAUCAAGAAAUGUUACUUAUCUUCCACAAGGCCAAAAUGUACUGCUAAACCUUCCGGCACAGAAUUAAUUUAAAGCAAGUUUAAAUUGAUGGUAGAUAUAUAAGGUCCACGAGUGCAUUUGCAUUAUUAAAGUAAGAGGAAAGAAUGUUGCAUUUUGAAAAGUUCAUAUUGUUCCAACAGAAAUGUAGUCGUGUAUUAGCUUUAUAAAUUGUAAUUACGGAUUAAAUAAACUAUAAUUUGUUGAA